AUGUCGUCCAUGCGUAACGCCGUUCAACGGCGGAACCACAAAGAGCGUGGCCAGGUCUCCGGCCGCGAGAAAUGGGGUCUCCUCGAGAAGCACAAGGACUACUCGCUCCGUGCGAAAGAUUACAAUGCCAAGAAGGCUAAGCUGAAGCGCCUCGAAGAGAAGGCGCGGGAUCGCAAUCCCGAUGAGUUCGCCUUCGGUAUGAUGAAUGAAAAGAACAAAAUCCAAGGCCGACAUGGACGUGGAAAGGGCACAGCGCGAGACUCUGCUGCAGCACAGGGAUUGAGCCACGAUGCAAUCAAGCUGCUGAAGACGCAAGACAAAGGAUAUCUCCGGACGGUUGGAGAGCGUGUGCGCCGUGAGAUUGAGCGCCUAGAGCGCGAGGUGGAGUUGCAAAAAGGCAUGGACAAAGUCCUAGGCAGGGACGGGAAAGCAGGCAAGGAUAGCGACGAGGACGACGAGUUCGACGAUGAUUCCGACGACUUCGACUUCGGUGCUCCGCCGAAGAUGAAACCCAGCAAGACGGUAUUUGCUGAGGAUCGACGGGACCAAUUGGCAAUGAAAAGGCAGCGGAUUCAAAAGGAGGAAUCUGCUUUGGAUGCAGAGGAAGAAGUUCAGUCGUCAAGCAAGACCGGCAAAACCAAAACACCUAAACAGCUCCAGGCUGAGCGGCAAGCACUUGUGGAUGCCAGGCGAGCUCGUAAACUCCGCAAACGAGCUGUCGAGGCCCGUCACAACAAGUUAACUGCGCUGCACAAGCAAUUCGCCGAGAUCCGGACUGCAGAGCAAGAGCUUGAUUGGCAGCGGGCGAAGAUGGAAAAUUCCGUCGGAGGCACCAACAAGGACGGUAUCAAAUGGAAGAUCCGUGAGCGCAAGCGCUGA